UUAGUAUGAGCCUGUGAGCAGAGGUUUGCAGUCACAUGUGUUGUUGGAGCGAAGUGUCCCAGCACCGAGCAGCAGGAGCAGCUGUGAGCCUGCAGCUCCUCUGGGCGGACACCUCCACUGUAACCACCGCCUCUUUCUCCAACUGCACUGGGACAGAUUUAUGCCUCAGCUUUUCUUUUUUUUUUAAAUUUUAUUUAUGACCGCCAGUCCACCCUCCAGGACCCCUCAGGGACUGUGCGGCCGCGUCAGAGAAGCGUGAAGACGACAUGGGAAGCCCCGAGUAUCCGCGACGAGCGACGCUUUGGUGGAAGUAACCCCGUCUUCGAGCCGCCGGAGAGGGAAACUUUAAAACGAGGCUUGUUUUCGGAGCUCCUGCCUCCGCUCCCCUCCUCUCUCUCCCCGUAGGAUUUGAUUCAAAGGCGAAAACCAAGAUGGCCGCCGACUCCGUGCAGGGGGAUGCCAGGGGCCAGCUGGUGGCGGAGCGACUGGGUCUGGGACAUAACCUGGACCUAUCCGACACCAUGGUCCAACAAAAACUGGAAGAGAUCAAGGAGCAGAUCCGCCGUGAGAUCCGCAAGGAGCUGAAGAUCAAGGAGGGUGCAGAGAACCUGCGCAAGGUCACCACAGACAAGAAGAGUCUGGCCUAUGUGGAUAAUAUGCUGAAAAAAUCUAAUAAGAAGGUUGAGGAGCUUCACCAGGAGCUACAAGAGCUUAACGCCCACAUUGUGGUCAAAGAUCCUGAAGAACUGCUAGAAUGCCCUCUGACCCCCGACACCCCUAACAGUGAGGCCAGAAUGUGCACAAGCAGUAGCCGCCUCGCCGCCCUGAAGAGACAGAACGACAUUGAGCUCAAGGUCAAACAGGGCGCAGAGAACAUGAUUCAGAUGUACUCCAAUGGACCCUCCAAGGAUCGUAAGUUGCUAGCGACAGCCCAGCAGAUGCUUCAGGACAGCAAGACGAAGAUAGAGUUCAUCAGGAUGCAAAUCCUCAAAGCCAGCCAGACCAGCGAGUUGAGCUUUGAGAACAAUGAUGUGAUGGAAAAGCCCAUCAUUAGCCCGUUAGACCUGCGGGUGGAGGAGCUGUGUCACCACGCCAGGAUAGAAUCUGCUGUCGCAGAGGGAGCCAAGAAUGUCAUGAAACUUCUGGGCUCAGGAAAAGUUACAGAAAAAAAAGCGCAUUCAGAGGCCCAGGCUCGUUUUAACGAAUCCAGUCAAAAACUGGACCUCCUGCGAUAUUCCUUGGAGCAACGCCUCAACGAGUUGCCUAAAAACCACCCGCGCAGCAGCAGCAUCAUAGAGGAGUUGUCCCUGCUGUCGUCACCGGCCCUCAGCCCCAGAUCUAGCCUCAUUUCCACACAGAACCAGUACAGCACAGUCACCAAGCCCGCUGCACUCACAGGCACGUUAGACGUCAGGCUCAUGGGCUGUCAGGACCUUCUGGAAAAUGUCCCGGGUCGUUCCAAAGCUGCGUCUGUCCCGCUGCCCGGCUGGAGCCCCAGUGAGACGCGCUCCUCCUUCAUUAGCAGAGCUAAUCGAAACCGCGGCGUGAGCUCAAGGAACCUGACAAAGAGCGAGGAGCUCUCCAAUGAGAUCAGUGCAGUGUUGAAGCUGGACAACACGGUAGUCGAUCAGACGAGCUGGAGGCCAGUCAGCAACCAGGCCUGGGACCAGAAGUUUACAUUGGAAUUGGACCGGUCUCGUGAGCUGGAGAUCUCGGUGUACUGGCGUGACUGGCGAUCGCUCUGUGCUGUCAAGUUCCUUCGGCUGGAAGACUUCCUGGACAAUCAGCGUCAUGGGAUGUGUCUGUACCUUGAGCCACAAGGGAUGCUGUUUGCUGAGGUAACAUUUUUCAACCCCGUCAUUGAGAGACGACCAAAGUUGCAAAGACAAAAGAAGAUUUUCUCGAAGCAGCAAGGUAAAACGUUCCUGCGAGCCCCUCAGAUGAACAUCAACAUUGCCACCUGGGGCCGCCUGGUGAGAAGAGCCAUACCAACAGUCAGCACGAACUCCUUCAGCCCGCAGGCCCCUGAGACUGGACCCAGCAGUCUACCUGGUUCACCUACACCUUGCAGUGACCCACUGGUGACCAAACUGGACUUUGACAGAGAGCCCACACCAGGACCUAAACACUACCCAGUGCCCGAUGACAUCAGAGAACCACUGGUGCAGGACAAGAUGCCAGACAAGGAGGAAGUACAGGAUGCGCUCGCCUCAUUUGACUUCCUGAACAAGAGAAACAGUAUGGUGGUGAAGGGAGAUCUGGAUGGAGGGGUGGAGCAGGACAUCCAGCACCCGGACCUGGAGCUCACUGCCUUCCAGAAAGACACAGAGAUAAGGGAAGAAGAGCAGUUCCACUUCAGCCUCCAAGACUUUAAAUGCGUGGCUGUCCUCGGACGUGGUCACUUUGGAAAGGUGUUGUUAGCAGAGUAUAAAAGCACCGGUGAGAUGUUCGCCAUCAAAGCUCUGAAGAAAGGCGACAUCGUGGCUCGUGAUGAGGUGGACAGUCUCAUGUGCGAGAAGAGGAUUUUCGAAACGGUCAACAGCGUCCGCCACCCGUUCCUGGUCAACCUGUUUGCGUGUUUCCAGACACAGGAACAUGUUUGUUUUGUCAUGGAGUACGCAGCGGGAGGCGACCUGAUGAUGCACAUCCACGCUGAUGUGUUCUCUGAGCCCCGGGCUGUAUUCUAUGCAGCCUGCGUUGUACUGGGAUUACAGUUCUUACAUGACCAUAAGAUUGUCUACAGAGAUUUGAAGCUGGAUAACCUGCUCCUGGACACAGAGGGCUAUGUCAAGAUCGCUGACUUUGGACUUUGCAAAGAAGGAAUGGGUUUCAGGGACCGCACCAGCACGUUCUGUGGCACCCCCGAGUUUUUAGCCCCUGAGGUGUUGACUGAAACAUCGUACACCCGCGCUGUGGACUGGUGGGGGCUGGGCGUCCUCAUCUUUGAGAUGCUGGUUGGAGAGUCGCCCUUCCCCGGUGACGAUGAGGAGGAGGUGUUUGACAGCAUCGUCAACGAUGAAGUCCGCUACCCACGAUUCCUCUCAACUGAGGCCAUCUCCAUCAUGAGGAGGCUUUUGAGGAGGAGCCCAGAGCGACGCCUGGGAGCAGGAGAAAAGGACGCGGAGGAGGUUAAGAAACAUCUAUUCUUCAGGCACAUGGAUUGGAACGGACUGCUGGCAAAGAAGGUGAAACCACCGUUCGUGCCGACCAUCCAGGGCACCAAUGACGUCAGCAACUUUGACGAUGAAUUUACCUCAGAGGCUCCGAUCUUAACCCCGCCCAGGGAACCCCGAGUGCUGCGCUCUGAGGAGCAGAACAUGUUCUCUGACUUUGAUUACAUUGCUGACUGGUGUUAGCUUCACAUGACUCCUCACUCUAUACACACACCAACAAACACACUGACACACACACACACACACACACACACACACACACACACACACACACAUACACACUGUGAACCAACCAACACAGCAGUGACUGUAGCUCAUGUGUUUUUAAAACUCUUCCUCCUCCCUGCCCAAAACGUUGAGGAGGAGCAGCGGACAUGGCUCCUCGAGCCUUCGGGCAAAAACCUUGUGCCAUUGAGAAGAAAAUUAAGUUGCCUCCCGAGGACCCCCACUUAUUUUUUUAAUCCACAUGAAGAACUUUUUUUUUUAAGAAAAAGAACAAAAGAAACUCUGUUGUUGGAGAGUGAAGGAGGAGGGAUGCUGUGUCCUCCUGCACACGUAGUCGUCGUCGCCGUGUCCGUUGUCUGACCACUGAGAAUGUUUUUCAUAUAAACUCUGAGAAGACGGCAACAAAUCACAAUCAUGUUAUUCAGUGUCACUGUCUGAAGUUUUUUGAUCUGUACAGAUUAUAUUCAGUCGUAUAUUUUAUUGUCAUGUCUUGUUUUAUUUGCAAAAUCCCUCGCCGUAGCUUUAGGACAUUUUUAUCUCACUGUAAAGUUUGACAUUUCUGCCGCCAUCGUGUGUGAGACUGGUGUUCAGUGAAUUUUCGAAAGUGCUCAAAGCAUCAUCGCUGAACUACAACAAACAUCUUGACUACUACUGCUGCUCCUCGACUUGAAAACGAAGUAAACACUUCAUCCGUGUGUGUCGGGGCCCAGCCCUUGUUCACGAGCCAGUUAAACACCUGGUUUUCUCACUUUGCAAGUUUGCAUGUGUGCUGAGAAGAUCCCACACAAUAAUAAUAAUAAUACUCUAAAACAUCAGUCACGCUUCUUAAGCUGUUAAAUAAAUGAACAUCACGAAGUUUCAGUUGGAAGCUUCACAUUGGAAACGAUAAACACUCAAACAAUGCAGAAUAUUUAAAUGUCUCUGACGCCCUCUAGUGGCUCUUCAGCUCAACUCAGCUCAGCAGAUGCAAGUUCCACAUGGUAUCUCAGCAUCUUGAGGAGUAAAAAUCAAAACUUGAUAAUAGAUUUAUAAUUUUUUGUCAGAACUGAGUUCAGCUGGCUCUUGUUUUUUUUUCUCUCAUUCCACAUUUAAGGGUCAGUUGUGGAUCUCAAAUUUUUUUUUUUUCUCAUUACCUCAUUAGUGAAACUGAGUCUCACCAUUACAGCUACACGACCAAAUCCCUCCUGUUCCUUUUACAGCAGCAAACAAAAUCUUUGAUCUGACUGAUGGACUGAAAGUGAACCUAUUGACAGAUGAUUUUUUUUUGGCCGGGGGCGGCACAGAUUAAAGUUAAUUUAGGUCUAAACGCCAUUGAAAUGCUCCCCUGACUGUUUCUGUGACAUUUUUUUUAUGCUGGAACAGUGAGGCCAGCAGACGACUCUUGUCAGUUUGCAUGUUGAAUAUGAACUGACUCUAAUGUUGCAGACCUGUUGAUAUGAAACACUACAGGGAAGGGCAGGGUAUAUUAUAUAUACAUACUGUAUGUACACAAUUAAGCUGAAAGCACUAAUUUUAUCAAUAGUUUUAAUUAUCUACGUUUCUUAAUGAUGAAAAUAGAUUGUACAAAGUUUUUUCCUUUUUUUAAAUUCUUUGCUUGUGCAUGUUGUCGCCAGAACAGAACUUUAUGGAUGGUACACACCGAUACCCGAGUCACUAGAGUCGCUGUUCACCCUGGUGUAAAAAAAAGGCAUUUUUGCAGUCAUUGUUUGUUGCCUAUCAUGAAUGCACAAAUUAAACAUUUGUAAUAGUU